AUGUCUCAAUUUGACUGUGCCAAGGCCACUUCGUACCUCAAGGACUACCCCAAGAAGGACGGGUUGUCCGUGCAACAAUUGAUCGACUCGUCCAACUUCGGGGGGUUGACCUACAAUGACUUUUUGAUUUUGCCUGGUUUGAUCAACUUUCCUGCCUCGCAAGUGCUGAUCGAAGCCAAGUUGACCAAGAAGAUCACCUUGAAGGCUCCCUUCGUGUCGUCGCCUAUGGACACCGUUACCGAGCUGGAAAUGGCCAUCCACAUGGCGUUGUUGGGGGGUAUUGGUAUCCUCCACCACAACUGCACUCCUGAAGAACAGGCUGAGAUGGUGAAGAAGGUGAAGAAGUACGAAAACGGCUUCAUCAACGACCCCAUCGUCAUCGGCCCCGACUUCACCGUGGCUGACGUGAGAAAGAUGAAGAAGGACCUCGGGUUCUCGUCGUACCCCGUGACUGUUGACGGUAAGGUGGGCGGCAAGCUCGUGGGUAUCAUCACCUCGCGUGAUAUCCAAUUCAUCGACGACGACUCGCUCAAGGUCGAGACCGUCAUGACCAAGGACCUCAUCACCGCCAAGAAGGGCAUCUCGUUGUCGGAAGGUAACGAGUUGUUGAGAUCGCUGAAGAAGGGUAAGUUGCCCAUUGUCGACGACAACGGCAACCUCGUGUCGCUCAUCUCGUUGACCGACUUGCUCAAGAACCAGGAAUACCCCAACGCCUCCAAGUCGUUCGACUCCAAGCAAUUGUUGUGUGGUGCCGCCAUCGGUACCAUCGACUCUGACCGCGUGCGGUUGGAAAAGCUUGUCGACGCUGGUCUUGACGUCGUUGUCAUCGACUCGUCGAACGGGUCGUCGGUCUUCCAGCUCGACAUGAUCAAGUGGAUCAAGCUGACCUACCCUCACUUGCAAGUGAUCGCCGGUAACGUUGUCACCAGAGAACAAGCCGCUUUGCUUAUCGAAGCCGGUGCCGAUGGUUUGAGAAUCGGUAUGGGUUCGGGUUCGAUCUGUAUCACCCAAGAAGUGAUGGCCUGUGGUCGUCCUCAAGGUACUGCCGUCUACAACGUCACCGAGUUCGCCAACAAGUUUGGUGUCCCCUGUAUGGCUGACGGUGGUAUCGGUAACAUUGGUCACAUCACCAAGGCCCUCGCUCUCGGUGCUCUGACUGUGAUGAUGGGUGGUUUGCUCGCCGGUACCUCGGAAACCCCCGGUGACUACUUCUACCGUGACGGCAAGAGAUUGAAGGUGUACAGAGGUAUGGGUUCGAUCGACGCCAUGCAACAAACCGCGACCAACGCCAACGCCUCGACCCUGAGAUACUUCUCGGAAUCCGACAAGGUGUUGGUGGCCCAAGGUGUGUCUGGUUCGGUCGUCGACAAGGGUUCGAUCACCAAGUUCGUGCCUUACUUGUACAACGGGUUGCAACACUCGUUGCAAGACAUUGGUGUCAAGCUGUUGGAUGAAUUGAGAAAGAACACCGACAACGGCGACGUCAGAUUCGAAUUCAGAACCGCCUCGGCUCAAUUGGAAGGUGGCGUGCACGGUCUCCACUCCUACGAAAAGAGAUUGCACAACUAG